AUGCGAGCAGGACGAAUAUCGGCGACGGUGAUGAUGAUGGAAGUACGAGUUGGGAAACUAGAAAUCGAAUGCGUGCAGAGAGCUGUGAAAGUGUCGAAGGCGAUCCGGAACGCGUCGAGAAGCCUUACCGGGCUGAGCUACGGCACAACGUGCAUACUCGGCUAUUCCAACUCAACUGUUAUCCGGAAACCCUGCAGCUGGCGCUCUUGGACAAAUUUCAAUACCACACAUCCCAUCGGUAGCCUUUUCCAUAUCCAGCCGCAUUCGGGCCUCAUCGUACAACGACGUAUCUUCAACUCAGCUGAUCUGGUCGACACACAAGCGACGAGGGAAAGAGAGAGAAAUAUGAUCAUUUUUGAGCGGGGAGGAAGAACCAAGAAAAAGAGAUCGAGAAAGUAA